AUGUCACAGAUCCAAUUCGUGAAAAAUAAAGCUGACUUUGAUCAGUACCUCCUGAAGAACAAGUACCUUGUUGCUCAAUUCACUGCUUCAUGGUGUGGACCGUGCCAGGCUAUCAAGCCUUUGGUGGAUGAUCUCUAUGCCUCAGAGAAGUACCAGAAGUUGGAAGUUGUCAGGGUCGACUUGGACUCGUGUCAGGAUGUUGCAUCGCAAUACAAGAUCACCAGCGUACCUACAUUUGUUUUCUUCGAGAGCGGGAAGGAAGUCAAUCGCUUACAAGGUGCUUCGCAAAAGAUGGUUCAGAACUUCGAUCAGCUUAAUGAAAAGGCCCUCGCUGACCCUAAUGCUGCUGGACGCAGCUCAGGGGCUGCUACUUCAGCUUCAUCUCUGGCUUCUAAAGAAUUCUCGUCGCUCAUUCCUAAAGGAUAUCAGGUUCUCAAUGAUGUGAUUCACUUUGGUGAGUUGGUAUCCUUGAAUGCGUUGCCAUUGAAGAAGGGCGAGGAGUCCAAACCAUCUACAUUGUUUAAAGUUGGAGAGAAGAAUACUGCUGUUUUGUCAGAUGCUGAUUCGCAAGCCUUGUUCUUUGUGCCAUUGAACAACAUUUCUAAAGUGUACUCGGUGCUACUCAAGAUCUCUGAUCUCAGCAGCUACAAGGGAGAUCUUGAAUUAGAUGAAGAGGAAUUGAGUGACGAGACUCAACCUCCACAAACGCUCAAACUCUGGGUCAACAAACCUGGCAUUAUGUCGUUUGACGAUGCUGCAGCCGAUAAGAAUGCUCCUCACGUCGAGACUCUUGAUCUUACCAAGGUGAGCGACGGUUGGUACGAGGCCAAAUUGCGUUUCGUGCGUUUCCAAAGCGUUCAGAACAUUACGGUGUUUAUUGAUGGUGACGAUGAAGACAAGCACACUGUCGUAGACAAGGUUAUCUUUAUUGGUGUCAGUGGAGACUCGAGAGAGCAGGGCUCAGUACAGCAGCUCGAGGAGGAAUAA